AUAGCAAGUGUAGUAACCCAGACUUUCCUUUUAUGGACAUUUGAUUGUCGAGCGGACAACGGUUGAGACUGAGUACCUUCUCUAGCUUCAACCGCAUCGACAGUCUUUUCGACAAAGAUUCCUGUCUCCUACUGCAGUCGUUCCUUCUAGUCUCUAAGUUCUCUCUUUGACUCGCAACACUCGUUUUGUGCGACUUAUUUCGACUUUGUUUCGCCACGUAAAACUAUCACUCGUUCACACCCUCAAAUAUUUUAGCAGAAACAUGGCAUAUCGCCAACAAGAUCCCUACUACAAUUCUGCACCGAGUCCAGCAAUUAUCCCAGGUUUCCCCCCUUCAGCGCCUACUAAUCAUGCCCAACAAUACAAUGAAUAUGAUACCCAAUGGGACGACAGGUCUGCCAAAUCCGUACAGAGUAGCCAAUUCCAUGGUUCUCAGGUGGCCCUCAAUCCCCAGUAUGAGAAGAGUCAGGUCAACAUACACACUCCUCCCGUCCCAGCAAUGCCAUACCAUGCAUACCAACAAGACUACCCUCCCGUCCAGCCACAUCCUGGUAUGCUCAGAGAAAUGAGUACCGGUUAUUCUGUAGCCAGGGAGAAGCUCAUGAAACGUCGUUCUGUCCGCCAUGUUGAACUUCAAAACGGUAAUUUGGUUCUUGACGUCGCUGUCCCUACGCACAUCGUCCCAAAGGGCAUGAACGGCGCCGAGGAAAUGACCAAGAUGCGAUACACCGCUGCUACAUGCGACCCCGACGAAUUCAUGCGCAGGAAAUAUUCUCUCAGGCCCUAUCUUUAUGGCCGCCAUACUGAACUUUUCAUCGUGAUGACAAUGUACAAUGAAGACGAGGUUCUGUUUGUCAAGACUAUGAACUCGGUUAUCAAGAACAUCGCGCACCUCUGUGGUCGGACCAGGUCCAAAACUUGGGGCCCCGAGGGAUGGAAGAAGGUCGUAGUCUGUGUUGUCUCAGACGGACGCAGCAAAGUCAACAAGCGGACGCUUCAAGUCCUCACUCUUGUGAGCUUACUGAUGAUGGGUUUGGUUUGCAUCCCUGCCUUAUAUGAUUUCCCUAGAUGGGAUGUUACCAAGAAGGGUAUCGCUAAGGACUCGGUGGCAGGGAGGGAUGUCACUGCUCACAUCUUCGAAUAUACUUCAAACGUUGUCGUCACAGAGACUGGGGAGGUCUCCACUGGUGUUUGCCCUGUUCAGAUCAUCUUUUGUUUGAAGGAGCAGAACAAGAAGAAGCUCAACAGCCACCGUUGGUUCUUCAAUGCUUUUGGUCCCUUGAUCAACCCGAAUGUCUGUGUCCUUCUGGACGUCGGCACCAAGCCGACCGGCACUUCAAUCUACGAAUUGUGGAAAUGCUUUGAUAACCACUCCAACGUCGGAGGAGCCUGUGGAGAGAUUUGUGUCGACACUGGCACAGCUUGCUCACUCCUCCUGAUGAGUCCUCUAGCUGCUUCCCAGAACUUUGAGUACAAAAUGUCCAAUAUCCUCGAUAAACCUCUCGAGAGUGUCUUUGGUUACAUCAGCGUGCUUCCUGGUGCAUUUAGCGCCUACAGAUACAAGGCCCUUCUGAACGGUCCUGAUGGCAAGGGUCCUCUUGCCUCGUAUUUCAAAGGGGAGGCUAUGCAUGGUGGAGGUGCUGACGGUGCUGGGCUGUUUGAGCGAAACAUGUACUUGGCCGAGGAUCGUAUCCUGUGCUUUGAAAUUGUCACCAAGAAGCGGGAAGGCUGGAUUCUUAAAUACGUCAAGAGUGCCAAGGCUGCUACUGAUGUCCCCACAACCGUCCCCGAAUUCAUCUCUCAACGUCGCCGAUGGCUGAACGGGUCCCUGUUCGCUUCUUUCCAUUCGACGAUCUUCUUCUACAGGAUCUGGACAUCUGGGCAAAAUCCUAUUCGUAUGCUUGUCCUCCAGAUUGAGUUCAUCUACAACGCAGUCCAGCUCAUCUUCACGUGGACGUCGCUUGCGAACUUUUACCUGGCUUUCUUCCUUUUGGUUUCAUCAGCAACCACGAGCACCGAUGGUGCUUUCAACUUCUUGAGCCAAGGAGCGGGUCAAGACGUAUUCCAGGUCUUCUUGAAGCUCUACAUCGCCCUCCUGUUCGUCGUCACCGUUUGUUCGUUAGGAAACCGGCCACAGGGCUCCAAAUGGAUUUAUGGGCUUUGUAUGAUACUCUUUGGUAUUUGUAACGUGAUCACCCUUUGGUGCGCCGGAUGGACAGUGUACCUUGCUGUACCACAUACCCUCGCUGGAUGGAAGGACUUCCCCAAUCUCGUCGCUACAAACCAAGCCUUCCGGGAGAUCGUCAUUUCACUUGCUGCUACGUAUGGCUUGUACCUCUUCUCGUCGAUCAUGCACUUGGAACCAUGGCACAUGUUCACUUCCUUCAUCCAAUAUAUGUUCUUGCUCCCGAGUUAUGUCAAUAUUCUGAUGAUGUAUGCCAUGUGUAACUUGCACGAUGUUACUUGGGGAACCAAGGGAGACAAUGGUGCUGCGAAGGAUCUCGGUGGAGCUAAGAAAGUGAAAGGCGAGAAUGGGAAGGACAUGAUGGAAAUCGAGAUCCCUACCGCGCGCGAAGACGUCGACCGCAUGUGGGCAGCUUCCCGCUCAGCACUGAAGAUGAAGGCCCCUGAAGAGAAGUCGCACCGUGACGCUGAAACAAAGCAAGCCGACCACGACCGUAACAGUCGUACCAACGUUGUGCUUGCAUGGGUGGGGACGAACAUGCUCAUGAUCCUUGUCUUCACUUCACAAGCCUUCUUGAAUUGGGUGAACGCCCAUUUUGCAACUUCUCAAGGCUCAAGUUUCAAUCCAUACUUGAGCUUCCUUUUCUUCGCGCUCGCUGGCCUUUCAGCAGUCCGAUUCGUUGGAUCCCUCCUCUACCUCAUCUUCCGACUAUUCGGACACUAAGAAUAUGUCUUGAAUACCCAUUCUACAUCUGCCAGAUCUGUACUUUUUUCGAGAGUUGAUCUCUUAGUCCGAUUCGAAUUCGGUGUCAUUCCUUUUGAAGUAUUCGAUUACAUAGAUAAGUACUUGUUGAUGACUAGGGUAUUUUGGAUGUGCAUGUAAUUCUACUUUUGUCUGUUGUCUUAUUGGACUUUAGUCUUUGGUGCUCUAAUACGUGCAUGUGUGUGGUGCCAGGUGAUAUGCAUAUAUUUUGGACGUG